AUGGAUUCACGUGGACGGAUAGCUGUUGGGGGAGCCAGACAAUCGCACUGUAAAGGAUUGGCCGAAAACACUCGCACAAAAGCACCCAAUCCAGACACGCUCCAAGACAGCAAGCACCUCGGCUUCUCUGGUCGCGACGACCAGCAGCAGUGGCUCGGCGGCGUUGGCCCGACGACCAGCAGCAGAGGCUUGGCUGGUGCUGAUGUAGUAGUUGGUUGUCGCGAGAUUACUGUCCAAGACAUUCGCAAUGCGUGCGUUUCGUCGAAGACGUACAGAGCAUACAAAGGAAGUUUGGCCUCAAUUUCAAAAUGGAUUCGGGCUUCGAAAGGCGAGAGCGGAUCGCAGUACUUUACUGCUGAUGGAGAGAUUGAUGUUGGAGUGUUUACGGCGCGUGAUUUUGAGUCCUUCCUGUUGGAGAAGAGGAAGACGGUUAGUGUGGCAACUUUGAGUGGAUAUCGGAGUGCGAUAAAGGAUCUUUAUCGUCGUCGGGAAGUCCCUCUACCUAUUGAGAAGAGCAUGGCAACCUUCUUCUCAGGGCUGAAGCGCAUGGAAGCAACGCGCCUUCAGUCGGGGUCUCCGAAGGAGUCAGGCAAGGACCCACUGCCGUUCUCGUUGUAUCGAGAGCUGUGUAAAGCUACAAUAACCCGUGAUGAUGGUGGAUUUGCGCACAUGUUUCUCACAACGCAAUGGAAUCUAAUGUGUCGAUCUGAGUCAGUGCAGAGGCUGUGCACUGAGCAUCUAAGCUGGCAUGACGACAGCAUCGGGUGCAUUAUGCACAAGUCUAAAACCAACCAAGAGGGUACUGGACCUAAGGACCCACGACACAUGUACGGAAAUGUAUUUAGCCCUGAUACAUGCUGGAUUACGGCUUUGGCGUUGUAUCUGGCAUGCCGGCCUACACAAGCGCCAGGGCCUCUCUUUCCUGGUUCAGAGCAGAAGGCAAGAUUCGGUAGCGCCCUUCGCAAGCUUAUUGCUGAUCAAAAACACCGGAACCACUAUGAAACCCAUUCCAUUCGUAACGGUGUUGCAACGUUUGCUUGCAGUGGUUGUACGGGUGGUCCCUCAAUUGCCAGUGUGUGUCUGCGGGUCGGAUGGUCGUUGGGUGGAGUGCAGGAUCGUUACAUCAGAUAUGAAACUGCGGGAGACCAAUUCCUUGGUCGCGUAGUAGCUGGUCUACCGCUCAAUCGACCUCAGUUUGCCUCACUCCCACCCCACUUCAAAGACAAUGAUGAUCCUGCUGUUGGUGCAUGCGUACAGGCAAUGUAUCCAGAACUACAAAAAGUUAGUGGACUUCGUGAUAUACUGAAGCUCUGUGUAGCAUCACUGGUAAAGCACUCGAGUUACUUCCGAGCGGAGCUGCCAUCGACACCCCCCCCCCCCCCUAUUGACAACACCUCUAUUUCGGAACAAGGAAAUGAUGGCCAAUCUCUCAGCCAAUAUGGUCACCUGUGAGUCACCAUGGAUGACCCCCACUGGAAUUCCACCGCUUGUGGAGUUGUACAAACAACUGGAGGGAGUGCAGCAGUCAAUUGACAACCUUCCUCCAGUCCUUUUAGAUGGAAUGAGCACAUUCAUCGAGAAAAAAGGGGUUGCUGCAGGAAACAUCACCCGAGACUUACUGGAAGCAACUAUAGAGAGCCUACUAGAACGUGCUGGGUUGGCCCACGUGCGCCAUACUGUGCCCAGCGCACAAGUACCAGGAGACACAACUACUGCAGCGCACUAUUAUGGGGGCAAGUUUCACAUGCUUCCUGAAAGUUUUGAGUUUCCCAAGGUUGGAGCGCAUGCUGCAUGGCACCUUUGGUGGUUUGGUGAUCAAGCAAGAGGAUAUCCACCACUGCGCCGUAUUGGCGCGCACGACCUACCUCGUGACUCGAUGCGCAAAACAUAUUCGAACUGGAGAAACUUGAUGCAACGUAUUUGCGAGGCGGCCUUGCAGGGUGGGUGCCAAAUCACAGUCGACAUGUCAGAACAAGUAGCAGAAAAGUGUUUAGAGUAGGUAUGCAGAACUUACCGCUUCUCGCUUCGACUCGAAAGCGCAGAGUAUCAGAGUUAUCUCUCGGAACAACACUACGACUCGCUCGGCAAGCUGCCCAAAAGCGAUCUCGCAGCGCUCCUGUCUAAUUGGAUGAAAUUGUAUAAACCAAUUGAAAAUGCACCUACGUCGGAUGCCAA